GCUCCCUUGAAGUGGCUCAGUGGAGCUUGCAACCCCACAGUUCAUGCUUCUUCCCAGGUCCCUGCUCCUUUCAGCCAUGACUUGUACAGUUCUUCUGUUAACAGUCUUAGCCCUGUGUCACGCGUUCAACCUGGAUACUGAAAAUCCAAUGAUCUUCCAAGAGAAUGCAAGGGGCUUUGGGCAGAGUGUGGUCCAGUUUGAGGGAUCCCGGGUUGUGGUUGGAGCUCCCAAGGAGAUAAGGGCUGACAACCAAACAGGUGGCCUCUACCAGUGCGACUUCAGCACCCUCAAGUGUGAGCCCAUCCGCUUUCAGGUCCCCCUGGAGGCUGUGAACAUGUCCUUGGGCCUGUCCCUGGUGACUGCCACCAACCCCUCCCGGCUGCUGGCCUGUGGCCCCACCGUACACCAAACUUGCAAGGAGAACACGUAUGUGAAUGGCUUCUGCUUCCUGUUUGGAUCCAACCUUCUGCAGCAGCCCCAGAGGUUUCCAGAGGCCCUCAGAGAAUGUCCUCAGCAGGAGAGUGACAUUGCCUUUUUGAUUGAUGGCUCUGGUAGCAUCAACCCAAAUGACUUUCAGAAGAUGAAGGACUUUGUCUCAACAGUGAUGGACAAAUUCAAAAAGUCUAAAACCUUGUUCUCUUUGAUGCAGUACUCAGAUGACUUCCAGACUCAUUUCACCUUCAGCUAUUUCAAGAAAAAUCCUAACCCAAGAUCACUGGUAAACCCAAUAACACAGCUGCUUGGAACAACUCACACUGCCACAGGAAUCCGCAAAGUAGUAAGAGAACUGUUUCAGAGUGCCUAUGGAGCCCGGGAGAAUGCUGUUAAGAUCCUAGUUGUCAUCACAGAUGGAGAAAAGUAUCGAGAUCCCUUGAAUUAUGAGGAUGUCAUCCCUGAGGCGGACAGAGCGGGGGUCAUUCGCUAUGUCAUUGGGGUGGGAGAUGCCUUCAACAAUGACAGAUCCCGCCAAGAGCUUAAUACUAUUGCCUCUAAACCAGCUCGUGAACAUGUGUUCCGGGUGAAUAACUUUGAAGCUUUAAAGACCAUUCAAAACCAGCUUCAGGAAAAGAUCUUUGCAAUUGAAGGUACUCAGACAGGAAGUACCAGCUCCUUUGAGCAUGAGAUGUCUCAGGAAGGCUUCAGUGCUGCCAUCACUUCUAAUGGUCUCUUGUUGGGCUCUGUGGGGAGCUUUGACUGGGCUGGUGGAGCCUUUUUGCAUAAGUCAAAGAAUGAAAUCACCUUCAUCAACGCAACCAGGGUGAACUCAGACAUGAACGAUGCUUACUUGGGUUAUGCAGCUGCAGUCAUCCUGAGGAACCGGGUGCAAAGCCUUGUUCUGGGGGCACCUCGAUAUCAACACAUUGGCCUGGUGAUGAUGUUCAGACAGAAUGCUGGUGCCUGGGAGACCAAUGCUGAUAUCAAGGGCAACCAGAUUGGCUCCUACUUUGGGGCUUCCCUCUGCUCGGUGGACAUGGAUGGUGAUGGAAAUACCAACCUGGUCCUCAUUGGGGCACCCCAUUUCUAUGAGCAGACCCGAGGGGGCCAGGUGUCCAUUUGUCCCUUGCCUAAGGGGCAGAGGGCUCGGUGGCGGUGUGAGGCUGUUCUCCACGGUGAGCAGGGCCAUCCCUGGGGCCGCUUUGGGGCAGCUAUGACAGCGCUGGGCGAUGUGAAUGGGGACAAGCUGACAGACGUGGCUAUUGGAGCCCCAGGAGAACAGGAGAAUCGGGGUGCUAUCUACAUUUUUCAUGGAACAUCAGUAUUCAGCAUCAGCCCCUCCCACAGUCAGCGGAUUGCAGGCUCCCAGCUUUCCCCCCAGCUCCAGUAUUUUGGUCAGUCACUGAGUGGAGGACAGGACCUCACAAUGGAUGGAUUGGUGGACCUGGCUGUAGGGGCCCAGGGGCAAGUACUGCUGCUCAGAUCGCAGCCAGUGCUUAGAGUUGUGGUGACCAUGGAGUUCACACCCAGGGAAGUGGCAAGGGAUGUAUUUGAGUGUCGUGAACAGGUGGCGAGAAGCACGGCUGCUGGUGAGGUCAGAGUCUGCCUCCUUGUCCGCAAGAGCACACGGGAUCGGCUAAGGGAAGGAGAUAUCCAGAGCACUGUCACUUAUGACCUGGCUCUGGACUCUGGCCGCCCACAUUCCCGAGCCAUCUUUGAUGACACAAAGAACAGCACACGCAGACGGACACAAACCUUCAGCCUGACACAGAAAUGCGAGACCCUGAAGCUAUCGUUAACGGAUUGUGUGGAGGACUCAGUGAGCCCUAUUACCCUGCGCCUCAACUACACUCUGUUGGGGAUGCCCUUGUCCUCUUUUGGAAACCUUCGGCCAGUUCUGGCUGUGGAUGCUCAGAGACUGUUCAUAGCCUCGUUUCCCUUUGAGAAGAAUUGUGGUAAUGACAGCAUUUGCCAGGAUGACCUCAGCCUCACCUUCAGUUUCAUGAACCUGGACACCUUGGUGGUGGGCGAUCCCCAGGAUUUCAAUGUGACCUUGACCGUGAGAAACGAGGGCGAGGAUUCCUACAGGACACAGGUCACCUUCUACCACCCAGCUGGCUUGUUCUAUCGGAAGGUGUCAGGGGCCCAGAACCAGCGCUCACAGCGAUCUUGGCGUCUGACCUGCGAGUCUGGUUCUUCCACUGAAGGACCUAGAGCUUUGAAGAGCACCAGCUGCAGCAUCAACCACCCCAUUUUCCCAGGGAACUCAGAGGUUACCUUUAAUGUCACAUUUAAUGUGGAGUCUGAUGCUUUCCUUGGAAACAAGCUACUCCUCAAGGCUAAUGUGACCAGUGAGAAUAACAUGCCCAGGACCAACAAAACUGAAUUCCAACUGCAGCUGCCUGUGAAAUAUGCUGUCUUCUUGGUAGUCACCAGUACUGAGGUUUCUACCAAAUAUCUCAACUUCACUGCCUCGGAGAAGACCAGUCAUAUUAUACAGCAUCAAUAUAAGUUCAACAACCUGGGCCAGAGGAGCCUCCCCAUCAGUGUGACCUUCUGGGUCCCUGUCCAGCUGAACCAUGUGACAGUCUGGGAUCACCCUCAGGUCAUCUUCUCCCAGAAUGUCUCAAACACUUGCCACACUGAGAAGAGACUCCCUCCCUACUCUGACUUCCAGGCUGCGCUUAAGAAGACCCCAGUGCUGAACUGCUCCAUUGCUGUCUGUCAGAAAAUCCAGUGUGAAAUCCCAUCCUUUGGUGUCCAGGAAGACUUCAAUGUUGUCCUCAAAGGCAACCUUUCAUUUGACUGGUAUAUCAAGACUUCACAUAACCACCUCCUGCUGGUGAGCACAGCAGAGAUCUUGUUUAAUGAUUCCAUGUUUGCCCUACUUCCAGGACAGGGGAUGUUCGUGAGGUCCCAGACAGAGACCAAAGUCGAACCAUAUGAAAUUCACAACCCUCUGCCACUCAUUGUGGGCAGCUCCAUUGGGGGACUUGUGCUCCUGGCCCUCAUCACUGCUGCACUGUACAAGCUUGGCUUCUUUAAGCGACAGUACAAGGACAUGAUGAAUGAAGCUGGUCCCCAAGAGGCCCCACCCCAGUAACAGCUCCUUCUCCAAUGCGUGGCUUCUGCAAUGGACCAACACGCAGGUCCCUAUGCUGCUGGACAGACAUGUCCUUUAGGAAACUGUUGUAUUUAUAUCUCAACCGGAAAGACCUGCUUGGGCUUCCAUUCAUGUGUGUGUGUAUGAAUUGUGUAUAUGACUCGGGUGUCUUCAGCACCUCCUGGUCAGGAGGGAAUUGGUCAGGCUUCCUUGUGUGUGGGUGAAGAAGCUGUUGUGUCUUCUUCUGAGGAAGGUGAUGGCAUCUCUUGUGGGAGAAAAUAAGGGAAAUGCAGCAGCUCUUCUCUUUGCUGAAGGAAGUGAGACUUCCCUGUGUGGGAAAAUGUGCAGACCUGCGGAAGAGUGUGGAGCUAGAACUUAAAAGUACACAGAGUAGCUGCGGAUGGAACCAGGAGCUCGUGAGCUGGCAGGAGUCUGACCUAAUCCAUUCCACACUAGAGUUGAUGGACCCAAUAAAGAUGUCCAGUGAGGAAUGAUAAUUCCCUUUACUUAUUCAUUUAUUAUUUUGAUGUUACUUUUAUUUUUGAAUUGAUAAGCCAGUCCAUAGUACAAAAAUUGAAAUAUGUUCAAGAGGGAAAAGUCUUCCUAACUCUCUUUCCUCCUUAGGGGCAAGUCAGGAUUAUAUGUUUUUGGAUCUUCUUCAGAGACAUUCUAGGCAUGUGCAAACACACACAUACACACACACACACCCAAACUUUUCUUUUCUUUCUUUUUUUUUUUUUUUUUUUGCGGUACUGGGGGUCGAACCCAGGGCCUUGUGCUUGCAAGGCAAGCACUCUGCUGACUGAGCUAUCUCCCCAGCCCCCCAAGCUUUUCUUUUGCACAAAUGGUAGCAUACUUUGUACUGUUCUGUAUCUUACUUUUCCAUUAGUAGCUCAGAUUGUUUCAUGUCAGGACAAAUUCAUUCUUUCAUACAGCUGCAUAAUGUUCUAUUGUGUGAUUGUAUAAUAAUGGAGUGAACCAGUCUCCUUUGGAUAUUUUAUUUCUAACUUCACUAUUAUGAACAAUGCUGAACUAAUAAACUAAUAAACUAAUUUUUGCAUGUAUGUAAGAAUAAUUUAUAGAAUAUAUUUCUAGAAGUUUGACUUCUCCCAGAAGCAAAUCCAAGACAAGAAUUUGAGUGAAAGAACUUACUUAAGCUGCUCUAGCUCGCUCUUUCUGCCGCCAUCUUGAUCCUGCGUUCUCUGCACAAAAUGCCCAGUGAAGCCACAGAAACCAUCCCUGCUAUAGAGCAGGAGUUGCCACAGCUCCAAGCUGAGACAGGAUCUGGAACAGAAUCUGACAGUGAUGAAUCAGUAUCAGAGCUUGAAGAACAAGAUUCCACACAAGCAACCACAUAACAAGCAUAGCUGGCAGCUGCAACUGAAAUCGAGGCAGAACCAGUCAGUAAAGCAAAACGGAAUCGGAGUGAAAAGAAGGCACAGAAGGCUAUGUCCAAACUGGAUCUUCGACAGGUUACAGGGGUUACUAGAGUCACUGUCAGAAAAUCUAAUAUCCUCUUUGUCACCACAAAACAAGAUGUCUACAAGAGUCCAGCUUUAGAUACCUACAUAGUUUUGGGGGAAGCCAAGAUUUAUCUUAGCAAGCACAGUUAGCAGCUGUUGACAAAUUCAAAGUUCAAGGUGAAGCUGUUUCAUUCAAGAAAAUACACAGACUCCAACUGUACAAGAAGAGUGAAGAGGAAGAGGUUGAUGAAACAGGUGUGGAAGUUAAGGAUAUAGAAUUGGUCGUGUCACAAGCAAAUGUGUCAAGAGCAAAGGCAGUCCCAGCCCUGAAGAACAAGAGCAAUGCUAUUGUAAAUGCUUUAAUGGAAUUAACAAUGUAAUCAUCAAAGCCAGAACCAUUUUCUGGCGUUUCAAAAGGGUUACUGCAACUUGGUUUAAAAUUUGUACUGUUUCUAUCAUUAAUAAAGUUAUGGCUUCUUAUUGGA